AUGGCGAAGCUUCUCUAUCGCUGGACUUUCAUCGAUGAAGAGCGCACCUCGAUGGUUCCCAGUCUGCCACGUGUCCAGAGCUGCCCAAAUUUGGUCCAUCGUUGCGACUGUCCAGAUUGGCAGAGCCAAAUCCAGGUGAGGACCUUGUGUGAGCGCUCCAAGCACAUCGGUGAUGAGACACAGGGGACUCUGAAGUUUCCAAAACCAGGUGCAUCGCAAGGAAGCCACGGACAUCCGGACCUCUGCCGUCGGCCAUGCAUUCUAUUUCUUCAUGGCCAAUGUCAAGAGGGAGCCGACUGUGGCUUUUGCCAUGCUUCACAUCCUCGGCGAGUAGCUACCUUUAACAGUCAUCAACGCAAAGUGCUGACCUCAUGGUCAGACGUGAAGCUGCUUGAAGCUGUUCGUCCAUAUGUCCAAAACAAGGUGGAGGCGAUCAAUCAUCCAGGUGCAUCAGUACUCUUGGAGUUGAUUGAGCGUGAGCUGGCGAUUCGUGACCGCGACAACAGUGUGAUUCGCAUGGAUGGAGUUCCUCGCCAGAUUCGCCAUAUUCUUGCUGGCAUGAGUUUGUCAGCCUUGGUAGGCAUUGUGUGCGCGAAGAGUGUGAACGGCCCUUUUCCUCAGCUCUUGAGGAAGGCCUUGAUCGAUUUGCGUCAGCAGGUGGCAGGAUUUGAGCGUUAG